CCUCUCGCUCAGAAGGCAUAACGAUCUUGGUUAUCAAUCCCCCAGUUGUUUAUCUGUGUUCAUUGCCAACUCAUCUGUAAAAAAAUGUUGUGAAAUCUAGAAAGAGGUUUCAUUUUCAUAAUUUUGCGUGAUACUACAAAGUGAGAGAAAUGAACGCUUACGUGUGUUAGAUAUUAGCCCGAGGCCUAUUAAUCGUGUUGUGUCCCAACUCGAGACUUGUGAAUAUAUCAGAUGGAGUGUGUUAGUGGGACAACGGGGAAUGAAGCCGCACAGAAGUUUCUAGAAAGUCUACAAAAUGACUUGAAGAACUUGUCAAUAGAGACAAAAAAGAAAUUCCCCCAAAUUAAAGAAUCAUGUGAGGAAGGCAUUGUGAAGCUCAGAAAUGCCACUGCAAAUCCUCAGACACCAGUAUUUUACAUAGUCAACCAAAUUCUCUAUCCUUUAGUACAAGGCUGUGAAACAAAAGACCCUAAAAUUGUUAAGAUUUGUCUAGGGAUGGUACAGAAGCUGAUAAUGCAACAGGCAGUGGACCAGAAAGGAGCUCGGUAUAUCACAGACACACUUUGGAUGCUCAUGGAAUCAGGCACUGAGGAGGUUAAAGUUCUUCAGAGUGUGACACUGCUGCUGACUACAAACACAAUUGUACAUGGAGACACACUUGCUAGAAAUUUGGUGCUUUGCUUUAGACUUCAUUUUACAAAGGAUUCUACAACUGUAAAUACAGCAGGAGCAACAGUGAGACAGUUGGUAUCAUUGGUAUUUGAGCGUGUUGUGGCUGAGGAUGAAUAUUUCAAGACAAAAGAGUCAGUUAAGAGGGAAGUGAAUUUAGAAGAGUUAAAAGUUCCUAGUAAUGUUGCCCCCAAAGGACUCCGGCCCUGUGCUGCAGAUGCAUAUUUGAUGUUCCAGGACUUAGUGCAGCUGGUAAAUGGUGAUCAGCCAUUCUGGUUAAUUGGCAUGAUAGAGAUGACAAAAACCUUUGGUCUAGAACUACUGGAGUCUGUGCUUACAAAUUUCUCAUCAGUUUUCUUUCAGCAUCCAGAAUUCAGUUUCUUACUGAAAGAGCGUGUGUGUGCAUUGGUAAUAAAGUUGUUUUCUCCAAACAUAAAGUAUCGAAGUUCCAUUCCAGCCAGUGUACAACAGGCUACACCACUUGAUAAGCCAUAUUUUCCCAUCAGUAUGAGACUUCUGCGUGUGGUGUCCAUACUUAUCCAACGUUACCACAGUCUUCUGGUGACAGAAUGUGAGAUAUUUCUGUCUCUCAUUGUGAAAUUCCUGGACCCAGAUAAACCUGUGUGGCAGAGGUCUUUGGCGCUGGAAGUGUUGCACAAGAUGACUGUACAGCCUGAGCUGCUUAAAUCGUUUUGCAAGUGUUAUGACUUGAAAGCCCAUGCAACUAAUAUCUUUCAGGACAUUGUGAAUUCCUUAGGAGCAUAUGUCCAGUCACUGUUUGUGAACCCUCAGCUCAUGGUCCAAACUGGAGGAGGUGGAGGAGGAGGAGGUGGGGCAGUCCCAGUUGCACAAGGACAGCCCCCAGCUCUUCUUGCUGGCAUGCCUGUUGGUCCAGGGGUCUCUCCACAGCCAGGUUUCUUUUCUAGAGGAGUUUGGCUUCCUGUUGUUGUUACAUUCUCCAGUGGUCAGGCUAAAUCAACAUACUUAGAGGUGCUGGACAAGAUUGACCCUCCGUUGAUACCUGAUGGCUAUGGUAUCUCUGUGGCAUAUGCUUGUCUGCUAGAUAUAAUUCGUUCCAUUUCACUGACAAUUGAAGGGGAUCCUCCCAGUGAACAUGAACAGCCUGACAUACUACCAUAUCAGGGCAGUGAAGAGGAUAGGGAAUUGCAUUCACAGCUUAUAAUCUCAAGCUGGUGUGGACUCCUGGCAGCUCUGAGCCCUCUCAUCGAAGCAAGUACAGAUGAAACUGCCUCGGAAAAUGUUCUGAAAGCAAUCCAAACCUUUGCAAGUCUGUGUGGGCGCCUGGACCUGCAGACUCCAAGGGAUGCCUUCAUCACAGCAAUAUGCAAAGCAUCACUUCCCCCACAUUAUGCUCUAACAGUGCUUAACACAGCCCCUCAGGGUGCUGGCUCAGCCAGGAAUCAUUCAAGGGCUGGAAGCCAGGAUCUUAGCUCUCAUUACAGCAUAAAUUCAUACAGUGAAGGAGAUUAUCGGCAACAAGUAGUAGCUGUUGGUACCCCCCUUCCGACAGCAUCAUUGCCUAUUGGCACGCAGCAAGGACCAGUAAUGCUGACAGCCAAGAAUCUGCAGUGCAUGAGGGCACUCCUCAGCCUUGCACACUGUCAUGGCAGCAUCUUGGGUACUGCUUGGCAUCUGGUGCUCACCACUUUGCAGCAUUUGGUGUGGAUCCUGGGCCUGAAACCUUCCACAGGUGGAAGUUUGAAAGCUGGGCGCACAACAGCUGAUUCAAAUGCUGUGAUAACUACUGCUGUGAUGGCUGAUUUGCCUGUUUUGUCUGCGAUGCUGAGCCGACUUUUUGAGUCUAGCCAGUACUUGGAUGAUGUGGCCCUCCAUCAUCUCAUUGAUGCCUUGUGCAAACUCUCACAUGAAGCAAUGGAACUUGCAUAUUCUAACAGGGAGCCGUCACUGUUUGCAGUGGCUAAACUUCUUGAGACUGGGUUGGUGAAUUUGCCUCGUGUGGAGGUGCUGUGGAGACCUCUUACUAAUCACCUGCUUGAAGUAUGUCAGCAUCCACACAUACGGAUGCGAGAGUGGGGUGUAGAGGCUGUCACAUACCUUGUGAAGGCUGCCUUGCAGCACAAAUACCAGCCUCCACUUAGAGAUAACCAGAAACUUCAGACACUACUCUUGGGUCCCCUCUCAGAAUUAUCAUCGGUGCCACAUGGUGAUGUUCGACAGCGGCAGUUAGAGUGUGUUCUUCAGGUAUUACAUGGUGCAGGAGAGACCUUGUCCCAUGGCUGGCCAUUGGUGCUGGGUAUCAUUGGUGCAGUAUCAGAUCAUCAUGGGGAGAAUCUAAUCCGUGUAGCGUUCCAGUGCCUACAGCUGGUGGUAACAGACUUUCUGCCCGUGAUGCCGUGGCGAUGUCUUCCACUAUGUGUUGAUACAGCAGCCAAGUUUGGGUCCCAGACUCAGGAACUGAACAUUUCUCUCACAGCUGUGGGGUUAAUGUGGAACAUAUCAGAUUACUUCUAUCAGAAUCAAGAGAAGCUUUGUCAGUCUUUGUCAGGGGAUACAACAGUCUUUCCUGACUUUCCUGGAACACCAAAUAUGCCACCAUUUGAUAAACUUUGGAUGUGCCUUUAUGCCAGGUUAGGUGAUUUAUGUGUGGACUCACGGCCAGCUGUGCGUAAGUCUGCGGGUCAGACUUUGUUCUCCACCAUCUCCGCGCAUGGAGGAUUGCUUCACCAACCAACCUGGCAGGCAGUUCUAUGGCAGGUUCUGUUUCCACUGUUGGAUAAAGUACGAAGUCUCUCAAAUUCUGCAAGCAGUGAAAAAGUGGACACAGGAGGGAAUAUUCUGAUUCAUCAUUCUAGAAACACUGCACAGAAGCAGUGGGCAGAGACACAGGUUUUGACAUUAUCUGGUGUAGCAAGAGUAUUCAACACAAAGAGACAGUUGCUUCAAACACUUGGUGACUUUCCUCGAGCCUGGUCCCUGCUACUUGAAUUCAUAGAAAAUUCUGCAUUAAGUAAAAAUAAUGAGGUAAGCCUGGCAGCAUUGAAAGCAUUUCAGGAGAUACUGUACCUGAACAAAGAAAGUGAAGGUACUGUAGCAUCAGCUCCAGUUAUCCCUGCCAGUGAAGAGACUGGAGUGUGGGGUGUCGCAUGGCGAGUAUGGCUGAGCAUUGGUGCAGAGAGCACCACUCCUCCUGAAGAAAUUGUUGAUGUUGUAGAUGAAUUGUACAUCCCUUCACAGCCGUUCCUUACUGCUCUAGUUCAGAUAUUCCCUGCAGUCUUUCAGCACAUAAGAACAAGGUUUGUAGCUUCAGAUCUACAGAAACUGUGUAGUGUUCUUCAAAAUGCAGUUGUGGUUCCAGUUCAAGGAGAGGCAUCUCCAUUCAUUCUACCAUCUUCAAAUGAUGUGGUUCUCACACAACUGCAGGAUGGUGUGUUGCACUCCAUGGAGCUUCUGCAGAAGGAGGCCUUAGCUGGAGCAGAUAACAUGAAAACAAUGAUAGCUGCAAUAUUUCAUCAGCUUCUUGUGUUUAGCAAGUUUGCUUGCCAGCCUCCACCAUAUGGAAACCUGGAAACAAAGAACAUCUGUCAGAUGAAAGGCAGCACAGCUGACUGGAUUACAAUGAACUAUGUACCGUUUGGUGAGAAGGCUCUUUCUAUGGUAGUUAACCUUUAUCAGGAAACUGCACGUGAUAUGUCUGUGAUACAGUUCAGUAUUCUGCACGAUAUUAUUGAGGCACUUCAUGUCCCUCUGUCAAUGAAGUAUGGCUGUCCAUCACCUGGUACCUGGAAGUUAGCUGUUACAAGUCUGUUGACUGUACUUCACACGGGCCUGCCACUUGCUCGUAAGCACCCUCAACCUUUCCAGCAAAUGUGGUCUCAACUGGCCAACACCCUUGACCAGUUCCUUUUCCCCACCAGCUGUCCUCCUAAAGAUCGUUGCCCAGAGGAAGUACAGGCAGACGAGGCAGUAGAUUGCCAGGUGAUUGAGCUGUUACGGGAUGAAGUACUGCCACAUUCUCAUGCCAUACCAAGAGAAUUUGUUCUGAAAGUAGUGGUGCUACUCAAUAAGGGUUCAAUUCACUCUGCCAGUAACUCCACAAAUGAUGGGGAGAGUGAACAGAAACUGCGUGAGGAAUUUGCCAAAACAUGCUUUGAAACAUUGCUGCAGUUCUCCUUACUGGAUGGCCUUGAUUCUGGUGAAGUGCGUGGCCUGGAAGGUGGACUAGCAGGUCGGUUAGCUGUUACUGCCUUGCUGCAUCGGUUUCAGGAAGUGCUACACCAGUAUGUAGAAGAUGAACGUCGAAGUGGCAAGUGUCCACUUCCAAGGUACAGAUUAUCAGAGAUAUCGUUUGUGUUGAAAGCUGUUGCCACAUUGGUAAUAUCACUGAAGAAGGCUCCUCCAGAAAAAGUUGACAGAUCAUCAUGGGAACAACUGAUUGCUUUGUAUCCAUAUCUGGUGGACUGCACAGCAACAGCAUCCACACAAGUUUCACAUUCACUGAGAGAGGCUCUGCUGCAGUAUUGUGACCUUCUUCAGCCUCCUGUAGUACACACAUACCCCAAUGGGGUGUGACACUCAGCCAUACAGCAGAAAUGAACAACAUAAUAUGAAGUGAACUGAUUUACAGAAGCACAGAAGAGCAUUGUAGUUUUCACACAAGGUGUGUGUGUGUGAGGCUGUGAUUGCAAAUGUGUCCGGUCAAAACAUGUUGAUUUGUAUUUCAACUAUUGCAAAUAAACUUGCAGAAUCCUACUACUGACAAAAAUAUUCUGUUUUAAUAGAAUCUGAUUGAAGAGCUGCAUUUUGAUUGCUUCCAUGUCUGGUGUUCUUUAAUGUUAUUGCCAAUUAGUACAUUCAUAUUGUAUUUCAAGUAUAAAGAAAGCAAGGAUCAAAUAUAAAUCUAUUGAAGACCUGCGUUGAAGAACAGUCACAUAAUUUUUCUUAUUUGUACUGAGGAAUUUUAGCUCUCUAUCUUUGAUUGCUGAGUUGUGUCACUUCAUGUGAUGUUGAUCCAUGUUUAAAAAUAUAACUUGUGAGUUUGAUCUGUUGUGUAUGAAAUUGGUACUUGGGAGACUUUAAGAGGUGUAGCAGCAUGUGGUCUUCAAAGACAAUCCUGAGAGAUGCUCUCAGAACUGUUACUUCAAAUGACAGUAGAACUGGAUACAGCAGGAUCCUCCAAAAUGGUUUCAUAGCAUUACAACCCUGAAGACCUUAAUCUUCAUAUUUACUGUUGUUAGUACCUUGAACCCAACUAUCAUUUUAUUUUUUAAAUUUACAAUCUCAAAAGAAAUUAAAGAGAGGGGUACAUACAGUGAAACCGCUGUACAGGUAACAUAAUGUAAUAGCAUUUUCAGUGAAGGCAUCCUGUUGUGUAUUAUAUAUUUCCUUAUUGAAAGCUGUCACAACACAACAAUUAAUAAUGUAUUGUCACGUGUUGGGUAUGUCAUGUGACACAUACUUCAUGUAGCCUUCGGAUUCAGUGGUUAUUUAUUCUCCUUCUCUUUUACACUUAUACACCCUUUACACUGUCACAGUCAAUCCUUCUGCUGUGGUCACUUCUUGACUUCACUCAGCAAAUGCUAGACUUCAACUGCAUUCUCCGCCGGCUAUCUUCCAACUCUUAUAUAGGUGUUAUGCGGACCGGAUAGUAGACACCAUUCCUCACGGUUCUGUUCCUGCUGUUUUGACAGUCUGUUGUUCCGCAACAAAUCUUCUGUAGUUCAUCUCCAGAGAAAUGCAUUCAUUGUUUCGGCAUUCUCUACCCAACGGCCCACUGUUGUUGUGUUACCAGGGAAGUAUCUUCUCCAAGCAUGUUACAUUGCUCCCUUUUAAAGGUUGUUCAUCUCCGAACAGCUGAAUGGUGCCUCCCUUCCUUCAGGUGUUUAUCUUUUGCUUGGUACCUCCGACCUCCUAUUUUUAAGGGUGCUCGUCUCGAGCAACUCCAUGGUAGGGCGCGAGCUGGUCCAGGUGUACUACCAACAUCUUUGACCUAGGGUUCUUCUGGAUUCUGUAUACCACGUCAUUUAUUCGGUUGAUUACCUUGUAAGGGCCUUCCCACGAGGAUUGUAGUUUCGGUGAUUUCCCUUUUCUGCAGGCUGGGUGGUACAGCGACACACUGUCAUGCUUGUAGAACCCUGUGGAGUUGGCUAGUUUAUCGUAUAGAGUUUUCAUCUGGUCACUGGCGAGCUUUAGGUGUUGCCGGGCAUAAUUGUGGAUGUCGUAUAGGUGACCCACUAAGUCUACCGCAUAGUCGGUUGUGGGUAGUUCCUUGUCUGGGGUUGCUCCAAACAGCAGAUCGCAGGGCAGUCGGAGUUCUCGUUCGAACACUAGGUUAGCUGGGGUCAAGCCCGUAGUGUCGUGAGUGGAUGCCCUGUAAGCUAGGAGAAAGAGGGUAACUUCUCAUCCCAGUCUCUCUGGCGGGAUGCGACGACCUUUCGUAAAUGCUCCUCGAUGGUCUUAAUGUAGCAUUCCACCAUGCCGUCCGACUGCGGGUGAAUGGGCGUGGUGUGCAUCUUGCUCACUCCCAGGCAUUGUAGUAGAUGAGACUCGAAGUUGUGGCCUUGGUCACUAUGCAAUUCUCGAGGUAUGCCAAAGUGGCAGAAGAAAUUGGUGACCAGAGCUUCCGCUAUUGUCGAUGCAUCCUGGUUGGGGAUGGCGUAGGCUUCCAGCCAUUUUGUGAAAUAGUCCAUUACGAUCAGGAGAUAUCCGUUUCCUUGUUCGCUCUGCAGGAAUGGUCCAGCUACAUCAAUUACUAUCCUUUUAAAUGGGGCCCCGGCAUUGUACUGUUGCAUUUGGCCCCUAUUCCUAGUCUGUGGGCCAAAACUGGCUGCGCAGGUGUUGCACUGUUGGCACCAUUUUUUGAUGUCACUCCUUGCUAGGAGCCAGUAGUACCGCUGCCAAACCUUAUUUAGGGUUUUAUUGACCCCCAAGUGACCUCCUGAUGGUCCACUGUGUAGAUCGAUCAGCACGUCCUUCACCCUACUCUGAGGAAUCUUGGGUUCUUGAUAUCGUCUGUUGGCAGAUUUCCAGUUGUGCUCUAGUAUGCCAUUUCACACAGCAAGCGAUUUCCACUGAGCCCAGUAGCUUUUGUAUGUGGGACUCUGAUCCAUGAUAUCGUUCCACUCCAGUCGUUGCCCGGUUUCUACUUCCUGUAGAAUAGGCCCUAUGUCUGAGUUGUUUAGCUGUUCCUCUCUUAGGGUAACUAGGUCCGAGGGUUUAUAAAAGGACACAGUCAGAAGAUGAAACCAAGAGUAAGAGUAAGAGUAAUCGAGUAUAGAACAGUAGUUGGAAGUGAAGAGUCAAGUUUCAGGAUGCCAACCUGCCAGGAUAUGAGCUUGGGAGCAGAGGAAUUGAAUUGAGUCAAAUCUUUGGAAUUGGCAGCUGCUGAAUAA